AUGUUCCAGCUCUGGUAUCUAACAGUGUCUGUGGUCCCUUUCAGAAUCCUCGUCAACGAAGCCGAGAUUCCUCAGAGACGAUUGGAGCAACAGCGUGCACUGCUGAAGCAGAAACAGAAGAAGAAACGCCAGGAGCCUCUGAUGGUUCAAUCUAACACUGAGGACAAGAAACUAAAGAAGACCAGAACUAGACGUCUUAGUGAACAGACCCCACUUGUUGAAGGAAAGACUGUGAACCAAAGAUCCAAUGGUGAGGAUGAGGCAAGCACACAAAGGAACAGUAACAAAAAAGGCAAAGCAUCAAAGAAAAAGUCGAACAAUGACAGUGUCAUAUCUCGGGCAGAGUCACCCAUCGUUGAGAUCAAUGACCUAGAGAAGUUUGUUUUGACACCUGCAGCACAAGGCAUGACCAUCAAAUGCAAAGUUACAAGAGACAAGAAAGGCAUGGAUCGAGGCCUUUAUCCUACCUAUUACCUGCAUCUGGACACAGAUGAGAGUAAAAAGGUUUUCUUGUUGGCUGGCAGGAAGCGGAAAAAAAGCAAGACAUCCAACUACCUCAUUUCAAUCGAUCCAACAGACCUGUCCCGAGGGGGAGAAAACUUCAUUGGAAAGCUCAGGUCGAACCUGAUGGGAACUAGGUUUACAGUGUUUGACAAUGGAGUCAACCCUGAGAGGGGACGGCACGGUCAUUCAAAUGUACGUCAGGAGCUUGCUGCUAUCACUUACGAGACAAAUGUACUUGGAUUUAAAGGUCCCAGGAAGAUGUCAGUGAUUAUUCCAGCAAUGGAUGAAGACCAGGAACGCAUUCCCUUCCAACCACGCAAUGGUCUGAUGCGAUUCCGUGAGGACAGCCCGCUUCUGGAACCGAUUCUCAAUCAGUUCAGAACUCCUUCAGCAUUGACCAGAGUUAGUCAUGGACUGAAUGAUGAGUAA